AUGGUUCUACAAAAACGGCCGUGGGGACGGGAAGCAUGCAGGAAAACUUACCAUAUGGAGUAUUUGGCCAAACGGGCAGAUGGACGCGUUUUCCAUAGAAAAAAAGAGAAAACAGUUCAGGGACACAUUGAGCUUCCAAAUACUCAACAGUCGGAAAUCGAUCUUUUCUCUAUGGUAGAGGAACUAAAAUUCGUUGUACCGACGACCGAAAACAGGAAGAAGAUCAUGAAUUUAUGGUCAUCUACAUUUGAAUACCGGUCACAGUUUCGUUCAAAUCAGGACUUCCAUUCUUUCAUCGAAGAAUUCCCCGUUACUACGGCUUUCGAUGGUGAGCUUGUGGAAUAUGAUUUCAGAAGGAUGUGGAACCAAACCAUGGAGUUUGUUGAGCAGUGGAACACGUGGCAGCAUAAGAUACUUAUGUCGUACAAACAUUUGUACCGAGAAAUUUCCAACGAUUUCUUGAGAGCGUUGGCAAUUAUCCGUGCUAAGAAUCCAACUCGCGGUUCAAAGCGUGUGCGUGACGAAAGAUCUUCGGAGGACAAUUCCAUGAAUGGAUUGAUUUACUGGAUUAAGCUGGAUGACCCACUUCCUGUGUGUUAUGAGGUUCCGGUUUUGAUCAUAAGAGGAAAUCUCAUGACAGAAGGAGAACAGCAUUUCGUUUCCUGGGAUAUCGUCAACAUGCCUGUCGGUGAUAACAUCGUGCGGGCUUUCAGCAUGUUUUGUCAAUGCUUUGAUGUAUUUGGCAUUCCAUGCGCACCAAGCGACAAACAGUUUAUGAUGUUUUUCCGGGGAAUAAUCUUUUCUGUGGACAAAGUUUCCACAACCGGAGAAAAAUUCGUUAGAUCUCUAGAGGAGUAAGUGAAACCCAAUAAAAAUUCAU